AUUGGAAUGUUAAGAACCGUCCGUAAGAAAGUUACAGAUUGAAUCUUUAGCUCCCGCGUUCACAAGAUGCAAAGAGAGAGUUUGAAAAAUGGAGCAAUGGGAGGAACUGGAUGUAGAUGAUUCCGACCUUCCUUCUCUCCUCCGCCCUUGCAAGAAGCGCCAACAACAAGAAGAAACUUCAUCCUCAUUCUCACAUCCUUCUCCCGUUCUCACUUCCCCGCAAACUUCAACAGAAAACCCGCAAUUUCUAUCCCAAACCCUAUUCAAUCACCCAAAACUCCAAGUCCAGCCUUCUCGCCGCAUAAUUCCUGGACCUGCAGGUGCCGUUCAAGCUGCAAUGUUCCGCAAAGUCACUGAUGGUAAUUGUGAAGAUGAAUCUGUUUCUACUCAGGAUUACAUCAGGCGUGCAGUUGAAAACCCAGAAGACGAUGACGAUUUCAAGUGCAAUCCAUGGCUUUGUGCUUUGGAGUACAUCGGACUUGUUGAUGGCUCGCUUCCAGUUACACCUUUGAGCUCUGUUAUGAAAUGCUCAAGCGUUGGCAGAUUUGAUCAGGUUGUUGCCAUUGUUCAAUCUUGCACACCAAAUGGACUUGGUGAUCUUAUGGUGUCUCUGAAGGAUCCCACGGGUAUAAUUGGUGCUAGUGUUCAUCGUAAGGCGGUUUUAGAGAGUGUUAAUGGGAAGGAUAUAUCCAUUGGCUCUGUCUUAAUACUCCGAAAGGUUGCUAUUUUCUUGCCUUCAAGGUAUAAACAAUAUCUCAACAUCACACUGAACAAUUUGGUCAAGGUUAUUCCUCGGGACUGUGGGCCACCAAGAAAACAUAGCUACACCACAUCUACCGUCAAAUAUGCUGAUCUAAAUUGUAGCAAAGCAAGUUCAUCAAGAAUUGACAUUGACAUCAUUGAUAAUGGUAGCAAAGCAAGUUCAUCAAGAAUUGACAUUGACAUCAUUGAUAAUGGUAGCAAAGCAAGUUCAUCAAGAAUUGACAUUGAUAUCAUUGAUAAUGGUAGCAAAGAAAAUUCAUCAAGCCAGUAUAUACAUGUUAAUAGUCAAGCAACAAACACAGUUCAAAAUAAUGACAAGGAAAUUGAGCCUAAAACUGAACUUGGGAAACAAAGAGAGUCAUUGAACUCAAGAUCGCUUACAGAGUGGACAGACGAACAGCUGAAUGAACUGUUUGCCAUAGAUGACGAGGGUGAGAAUUUUGGCUUUUGAUUCUAAUACUUUUAUUGGCUGUUUACAUUGUAGAGUGAUGCAUGAUUAGCAAGUAGACAUUGAUAAUAACUGAACUGUUACUAAAAGCAAAGUUGUACAAGCAAUAUGCACAUGUUAUUGUUCUCUUAUGAUCUUUUGAGAAAGUGCAAGGGACAAAAAAUGAAAGCCUUAGAUGUAUCCAUGCAAGUUGUGACAACUUAGAAAACGAUAAAUAAGUGUCCCAAACUUAUUUUUUUACUGCC